UACGUAACUUUGAUCUUUGGAUCUCUGUAUAUGACAGAGAAUCAUUGCUGUGUGAACUGGUUGGCAAUCAAUCGGUGUCUACGAAAAUAAAUGGAUAUUAAUAAAACAACAAUACCUUGCACGGAAUCUGUAAACGUGGAUGAAGUGGCACUAGACAUUCCGACGGAUUCCGAGGAAUACGAAGAACAUGAGGAACACUCUGAUGUUUGCCGCAUCAAUAUACAAGAAAUUGUUUUGAAUGUUUCCGAACUAUCGAAUGGUAAACAAGCGCCAGAAAAUUAUGCAGAUGUAGUUCAGCGAUUGCGAGAUACAUUUCAAAGAGGAAAAUCAAAACCGAUAGAAUGGAGAAUCAAGCAAUUAAACCAGGUUUUACAUAUGAUAACGGAAACUACUUCGGAUAUUAUAGCAGCGUUAGCAUCAGAUUUGCAUAGGAGCAAGUUUGAAACGUACGCGUUAGAAAUCGAUUAUAUAAUCCAAGAGAUCAAAUAUAUACUUAUGCAUAUUAAAGAAUGGUCAGCGACAGAGAAGCCGUCCAAAGGAUUGGCGAACUUAUUCGAUUCGGUGGAAAUUCGAAAGGAUCCUUAUGGAGUAGUACUAGUCAUAGGUGCAUGGAAUUACCCUCUUCAAUUGAGUUUACUACCUAUGAUAGGCGCCAUAGCAGCUGGAAAUUGUGUGAUUUUGAAGCCCUCCGAGGUAGCAGCGGCCACAGCGAAAUAUUUGUAUGAAACUAUUCCGAAAUAUUUAGAUACGGAAUGUUGCCAUGUAGUAUCAGGAGGAGUCCAGGAAACAACAGAACUACUCAAUCAACGUUUUGAUUAUAUUUUUUAUACCGGAUCCUCUAUGGUAGGAAAAAUCGUACGGAACGCUUCCAAUAAAUACCUCACACCUGUUACGUUAGAGUUAGGCGGUAAAAGUCCCGUAUACAUAGAUAAUACAGUGGAUAUGCCGAUGGCAGCUAAACGUAUUUUAUGGGGCAAGUGUAUAAACGUCGGUCAAACUUGUGUUGCACCUGAUUAUAUUUUGUGUACAACCGAGGUGCAAAAUAAAUUUGUCGAAGAAGUUAAAAAGAUUCUAAAAGAAUGGUACGGCGAAAAUGUACAAGAGAGUCCCGAUUUGGCACGCAUAAUCACAGAGAAACAUUAUCAGCGACUUAUCAGUUAUUUAAACGGUAAUGGCAAGAUUGCCGUUGGUGGCGAUACAAAUCCUACAGAGAGAUAUAUCUCGCCUACAAUACUCGUUAAUGUCAAAUCAACGGACGCUAUUAUGCAGGAUGAGAUAUUUGGACCGAUAUUGCCUAUAAUAAAUGUUGAUAACGCAUAUGAAGCAAUUGAAUUCAUUAAUAAACGGGAGAAGCCAUUAGCAUUGUAUAUAUUUAGCCAAGAUAAAGGAACUGUAUCCGUAAUCAUAAAGAAUACAUCUAGUGGCAAUGUACUUGUUAAUGAUGUAUUAUUACAUGCAACAGUUGAGACUCUACCCUUUGGAGGGGUAGGGAAUUCUGGUAUAGGAGCCUACCAUGGAAAAUAUACAUAUGAUACAUUUACGCAUAAAAAAGGUUGCUUGAUCCGGAAUUACAAUAAAAUUGCAGAGAUGUUGGGAAAGAACCGUUUUCCGCCAUAUUCCGAUAAAAAAUUGAUGUUGCUUAGACAUUUACUUGAAAGAAGACCAGGAAUACCUGGCAUCAAAUAUUUGCCAUACAUAUUGAUGUUCGGCCUUGGAGUACUCACCACAAUUGGACUCAAGGCUAUAUUGAAGGAUGUUAACAUGGAUGAGCAGUAACAUGAAAAUGCCAUGCAGCGUCUCAGGAACAAAAUGUAUUAGUUACUUAACAUUACUUAUAGUGUACUUUUUGAGUUUUAUAUCAAUCACAUUACACAUUUUACAAUUAAUCUUAUAAUUCAAUGUAAAAACGUUUUGUACAAUACUUAUGGUUUUCUAUAUAUAUAUAUGUACACAUGUUAUGUGUUAUAUUAGUCUCACAUUGCACACAUGUACAAAUAUAUCUGAUCCCUUUGCGGAUUUUUUAUGGGGAAGAUUAUUGUAUUGAUAAAAAUAAAUAUUCUUGAUGGGAUAAGUUUUACAAUGAGUUUUAAAAUAAAUAUGAUGAUCAAAUAUUUAAUUGACACAUAUUACUCUGCAUGUUUUUUAUAUUCUGUAUCUUUUAAUUGUAUCCGUAUUUUCUACAAGGAUUGCAUAAAAUAAAUAUAUUAUUUUCAAU